GUUGACUGGCUGUUCAACGAGUCCUGGGUCUCGUUUCUCUUGCAGCACAGCGCUUGCUCCAUAGUCCAGAGGCAAGGCAAGCCCACUGCUCUGGCAAUCUCGCAUCCCUGUUCGUCUCCGGCUCUGGCAACUUUGUUUCCGCGCCCGUGUUUGUUUCUCCAACCGCAUCGCUGUCGUUCGCUCUUCACUCACUUCCCUUCCAUUGCUCCUCUGUUCAAUCACUGAUCCAUCCAUACUACUACAAAAAAAAAUCCAACAAAACACACUAGAAAAGAAAAAAAAACAGUAGUCUUCUCUAGCUUCUUAUCGUUUACCUAGUAUUCCGUUCCUUGUCUUUACUUUUACAUUUUGCCCAUUUUUUCUGCCCCCUCCUCGUCUAGAAAACCAAAAAAUAUCGAGCCUUUGCUUGUUUCCCAAUAUUUCCACAUCUAGAUCUCUGUAAACUUCCAAGCAUCUCGUGCCAGUACUAAUUUAUUUCUUCUGACUCUGUUCGCUUCAUCUUCGCUGCAUCCAGCCAAUAGUAUUUCUCUCACACACAAAACCAGCACCAGUUAUCAGCACCAGCCAGCUAGCAUUAUUUUUCUCUCACAAAAAAUUAGCACCAACCACCAGCACCAGCCAGCUGAACACAGCUUCAUCUGCCACACUUUCAUCAUCCAACAUCUCUUCACUUGCAUAAGCGCGGGGCAACACAAAUACUUCAGAUCCAUGGCGGAUGUGCCACUGGCCGGCUUACGGUGGGUGGCAUCGCCGAUCGUCAAGAAGCUCCUCGCUGAGGCUUCAACCUACCUGGGCGUGGACAUGGCGCGUGAGCUCCAAGAACUGGAAACCACCGUCCUUCCACAGUUCGAUCUGGUGAUUGAAGCGGCCGAGAAGAGCCACAACAGGGACAAGCUCAAGGCAUGGCUCCAGCAGCUCAAAAAAGCCUUCUAUGACGCCGAGGACCUGUUGGACGAGCAUGAGUACAACCUUCUCAAACGCAAGGCGAAGAGCGGGAAGGAUUCCUCACCGGAAGAGGAUGCCUCCUCCAUUAAAUCAUCUAUUCUGAAGCCUUUUCGUGCUGCAACGAGCAGGGCACGGAACUUGCUCCCUGGAAACAGAAGGCUCAUUGAUAAGCUCACUGAACUGAAGGCCAUCCUGGCGAAAGCCAAAGACUUCCGUGAACUUCUUGGCCUACCUGCUGGUAAUACUGCAGGAUGCUCCACCAUACCAACAACCGUUGUUGCUCCUGCCACAACGACAUCACAUCGCACUUCAAAGGUGUUCGGUCGUGACGCAGAUCGCGAUCGAAUAGUAGAUCUUCUCACCAAGACACCUGCUGCUGCGUCAAGUCAAGCUAGCUACUCGGGCGUGGCCAUUAUUGGGCUCGGAGGCAUGGGGAAGUCCACCUUGGCACAGCAUGUCUAUCAUGACAAGAGGAUUGAAGAACAUUUUGAUGUCAAGAUGUGGAUCUGCAUCUCGCGCAAGCUCGAUCUGCAUCGUCACACACGGGAGAUUUUCGAGUCCCUAACAAAAAACAAGUGCGAACAUUUUGAUAAUCUUGACACUCUUCAAAGCAAAUUAAGGGACGAACUGCAAAGUUCACAGAAAUUCCUUCUCGUGCUGGAUGAUGUAUGGUUUAAGGAAUCUGACAAUGAGGCAGAGUGGGAGCAGCUUCUAGCUCCUCUGAUUUUUCAGCAGCCAGGGAGCAAAGUCUUGAUAACAUCUCGAAAUGACACAUUUCCUUCUGUUCUUUGCUGCAAACAAGUCAUUCGUUUGGAAAACAUGGAAGAUGCUGAGUUCAUCGCACUCUUCAAACAUCAUGCCUUCUCUGGAGCAGAAAUCGAAGACCAUCUGUUGCGUAUGGAGCUAGAACAGACCGCAGAGAAGAUUGCUAAGAGGCUUGGGCAAUCUCCUCUCGGAGCAAAAGUUCUGGGUUCCCGAUUGAGCAGGAAAAAGAAUAUCACUGAAUGGAAAGCUGCUUUUAAGAUCGAGAAUUUGAGUGACGAGCCCACAAAAGCUCUCAUGUGGAGUUUUGAGAAGUUAGAUCCACGUGUGCAGAGGUGCUUUCUAUAUUGCAGCUUAUUUCCAAAAGGACACUGGUUUAAAAUUGAUGAGAUGGUUCACCUUUGGAUGGCAGAGGGCCUUGUUGAUUCGUGCAAGCCGAGGAGAAUGGAAGAUAUGGGGACUGAUUACUUCAAUGAAAUGGUCUCUGUAUCAUUCUUUCAAUUGGUUUCUGAAAGAUAUUAUGGUCCAUGGUAUAUCAUGCAUGAUCUCCUUCAUGAUUUGGCAGAGUCACUCUCUAGAGAAGAUUGCUUUAGAUUGGAAGAUGAUAAUGUGACAAAAAUACCAUGCACUGUUCGGCAUCUAUCUGUUCGAGUUGAGAGUAUGGAAAAGCACAAGCAAAGUAUCUGCAAGCUACAUCAUUUACGCACUGUUAUCUGCAUCCACCCACUAGUGGAUGAAGCACACAUUCUUUUUGAUCAGAUAUUGCAAAACUGUGAGAAGUUGCGUGUACUAUAUUUGUCAUUUUACACCAGCAACAAAUUGCCUGAAUCUGUUGGUAAGCUGAAGCACCUUCGAUAUUUGAACCUCGUCAGAACUUCAGUUUCAGAAUUGCCUAGAUCAUUAUGUACUCUUUACCACUUAGAGUUACUUCAGUUAAAUAAUGGAGUGAAGAGUUUGCCCGACAAACUCUGCAUUUUAAGUAAGUUACGACAUCUUGAAGGGUACAAUGAUGAUAUAACAUAUGAAGGACCUCUUCCGCAAAUUCCCAACAUGGGAAAGCUAACUUCACUCCAACACAUACUUGAAGUUUCUGUGCAAAAGAAGAAGGGAUAUGAGUUGCGACAAUUGAGGGACUUGAAUGAACUCGGUGGCAGUUUGCAUAUCAGAAAUAUUGAGAAUGUGACCACAAGGGAUGAAGCUUUAGAGUCAAAGCUAGAUCAGAAAAGUCGUCUUAAACGUUUGCAGCUUGUAUGGAGUUGUAAGAAUGACAUGGAUGCAGAGGAUAGUUCACAUUUGGAGAUAUUGGAAGGUCUCAAGCCGCCACCUCAACUGAAUGGCCUCGAAAUCGAAGGUUACAAGUCUUCGUCGUAUCCGAGGUGGUUACAGGAUGAUUCCUAUUUUGAGAAUUUGGAAUCUUUUAGGCUUACUUGUUGCAGUGUUUUAGAAGGCCUACCAUCUGAACUCCUUUGGCAUUGCUCUGAGCUGGCCCUUAAUGUUCUUCCGAAACUUAAGACAUUAUCUUGGCUGCCAGCGUGCCUGACAAGCUUAUCAAUUCUAAGAUGCCCACUGCUUAUGUUCAUCACAAAAAAUGAACUGGAACAGUCUGAUCUGAGGGAAAACUUAAUGACCGAGCACCUGUCAUCUAAACUUGCAUGGAUGCUGGAGGAGUAUUCAGGAUCAGAUCUUAGAAGCAUACUAUCAGAAGAACAUUCAUCUCUAAAGCAGUUGGCGACAAUGAUGGAUGAUGAUAUAUCAAAUCAUCUUCAAAUUAUUGAAAAAACUCGAGAAGAAGAAAGAGAUGAAACAUUGGUGAAAGAAAACGAUGAAACAUUGAUGAAAGAAAACAUCAUCAAGGCAUGGCUAUGUUGCCAUGAGCAGAGGAUAAGACUCGCCUACAGAAGGAAUGUCGAGCUGCCACUGAUUCUACCAUCAGGACUUUGUAAACUUGAGCUUUCUUCCUGCGUUGUUACAGAUGGAGCUUUAGCUAUUUGCCUUGGUGGCCUCACUUCACUGAGAGAGUUGUCACUAGAUCAUAUUAUGACUUUGACUGCGCUUCCGUCAGAAGAGGUGUUUCAGCAUUUGACAAAGCUUGACUCUUUGUUCAUCGUAGGCUGCUGGUGUCUCAGAUCAUUAGGGGGCUUAAGAGUUGCUACAUCUCUUUCCUAUCUAAGAUUACCUUGCUGCCCUUCUUUGGAGCUGGCACGUGGAGCAGAAUUUUUACCGUCCACACUUGGGAGAAUCUACAUAUAUAAAUGUAUGCUUGAGGCUGACACAUUCAUUAAUGGCUUGCCACACCUGAAAGAUCUUACGAUUUAUCAGUGCAGAAGCUCCGCAUCCUUAUUGAUUGGGCAUCUGACCUCACUCGAAUCAUUAUCACUAGAAAAGGUCCCUGAUCUGUGCUUUCUCAAAGGUUCGUCUUCCCUGGAACUUGAGAGAGUAACUUUGACGGAUGUCCCAAAACUCUCUGCCGAGUGCAUCUCGCAGUUCCGUGUCAAGGUAAAACUCACCAUUAGUAGCUCCGUAUUGCUCAACCAGAUGGUCAAGGUUGAAGGUUUUACACUCCCACCGUUUCUUUCUCUUGACGGUUGCAAGGAGCCAUCGGUUUCAUUUGAAGAAUCUGCAGAUUUCUCGUCUGUCAAGAUCCUGCACUUAUGGCACUGUGAAAUGAAGUCCCUGCCUAAAAAUAUGGAAUGCUUCUCCAGUCUGGAGAGGCUCGGUUUCUAUUACUGCCCCAACAUAUCAUCUUUACCAGACCUUCCAUCCUCCCUCCAGUGCAUAACCAUAUGGUACUGUGAAUUUUUGAAAAAGAGCUGUCAAGAACCUGAUGGAGAAAGCUGGCCAAAGAUUGCCCAUAUCGGCUCGAAGGAAUUCAAAUGAUUGGCGGCGACUCGCAACUAAAUAUGGAGGUGGAAAGCAAUCCGGAGAUAUGUCUUUCCAGCACCCUCUUCUGUGCCGUAUGUUACCUGUUCAAGCUCAUCAUCACCCAGUUCAAGUCUGAAGUUCGCCUGUGGCUGGUGCCGUCCUCUCAGUUCCCUGCCUCUCCGAUUACAGCUUGCGUUGCCCUGCCACCCUCCUCAGCUCAUGAGCAGCUGAGCACCCGGUCCACUGACGGCUCAUGAGUCAUGAGCGAGGGUCAUGUGACUCGUGUUGGUUCUCUUUUGUCUCCUUUCUCUCUCUCUCUCUCUCUCUCUCUCUCUCUCUCUCUCUCUCUCUCUCUUAUUCUGUUGCCCCUUGCCUACGAACAAUUGUCUCCUGUCUCUUAUUCUGGUAUUGCUUUUGACUGUUCCUGGGAUUGGUAUUUGGUGUUGAACAAUUCUUGUGCAGGUAGUUAGCUUUCAGGAUC